GUAACACGAGCUUGUGUUUCCUGGUGCUGGGGCUCCUUUAAGAGGCAGAGCUCGGUGCUGGGAAUUCACGUCAGUUUCAGCCCUGAAACUCUCCAGAUCAAUGAGCAAAGAGCUUUCUCACUUCUGCCUUUCAGUUUCUCUCUUCCAGGAAGGAAAACAUUCAGAGGGAGAGGGAGCGGGAGCGAGGGCAGCAGCAGCCGCAGCCUCCGCCUCACCCUCCCGGGCUGGAAGCAGACCCCCCUGGCAGCCCCUUCUUCCCCAGCCAACAGCACCCCCACCAAACUAUGCGGGCUGCCACUCCCAGGGGCAGAUCUGCCGGCACCUUGAGCUCUUUGGGGAAGAUGGUCGGAGUAACUUCUCCUUGAAUGAUUGCGUCUGGCUUUGAAGGAUUUCUGGGUUGGGGAGAGGAAAGGAAAGUGGGAAAACCCCCCUAAGAACUUCCUGAUCUCUGUCGUUCCCUCUCUCUGCCCUCUCCUUUUUUUUUUUAUUUCCCACCCCCCCCUCUGUGAGACAUGUCUGAGGCUCCUGCUCAGUGUUGCAUCAAGGUAUUUAUGUGUAGGUGUUAAAUGGUUGCAGAAGGCUAGCACACUACACCCACUCUGUGCAGGGCUUAAUGGAUGCACAGCUGUAAAGCAGAGGUGAAUAAGACUCCAGUUGUCUGAACAAAAGCUGGCUUCAGUUUGUGAGGACUUGGUGUGGGAACAGAAAUAGGACUAUCAGCUUGCAGGCCAGCGAGCAUUCCAGGAGAGGCCUGCAGGUUCAAAGGGCCUUAUACUAGUAGCGCCUUUUUGGAGGGAAGAUGGCAUAUGAAUCAAAGAAAUAACCCCAGAACAAGAAGCACAUUGCAAGAAAGAAUUUCAUACACGCCUCCAGCGAGCCCGGUACCAAAUUACACUUCAUCGUCACCACUACAUGUCCCAGUGCCUCGAGCAAUCAGGAUGGAGGAAGAUGCGAUCAGACUGCCUGCACACCUGCGUUUGCAGCCAGUUUACUGGAGCAGAGAAGAUGUGGCUCAGUGGCUCAAGUGGGCAGAGAAGGAGUUUUCCUUGAGGCCAAUUGACAGCAACACUUUUGAGAUGAAUGGCAAAGCUCUCCUGCUGCUGACCAAAGAGGACUUUCGAUACAGGUCUCCUCAUUCAGGUGACGUACUGUAUGAACUACUUCAGCAUAUCCUGAAGCAAAGGAAAGCUCGUAUGCUGUUUUCACCUUUCUUCCACCCUGGGAACUCUAUACACGCUCAGCCAGAGGUCAUAUUACACCAAAACCACGAUGAAGAUAACUUUGUCCAGAGACCUUCAAGACCAUCAACAGAAACAGUCCAUCACAAUCCCCCAACCAUUGAACUGUUGCAUCGCUCUAGAUCACCUGUCACCACCAAUCACCGGCCAUCACCAGACCUGGAACAGAGACCGUUGAAGUCCCCAUUGGACAACACUAUCCGUCGCCUCUCCCCAGCUGAGAGGGUCCCAGGAACAAGGCAUCAGCAAGAGAACAACCAUCAGGAUACUUACCCUCUCUCAGUGUCUCCUAUAGAGAACAACCACUGCCCACCUCCUUCUGAAGUGCUUCAGAAGCCUUCCAGCCCCCGCCAAGAGAACACCCGAGUCAUCCAGCUGAUGCCUAGUCCCAUCAUGCACCCUUUGAUAUUGAACCCCAGGCACUCUGAUUUCAAACCAUCAAGGUUGUCUGAGGAUGGGCUGCACAGGGAGGUAAAACCCAUCAACCUGUCCCACCGAGAGGAGCUAGCAUACAUGAACCACAUCAUGGUGUCUGUCUCCCCUCCCGAGGAACAUUCAAUGCCAAUUGGAAGGAUAGCAGAUUGCAGGCUGCUUUGGGAUUACGUCUAUCAGCUGCUUUCUGACAGCCGGUACGAAAACUUCAUCCGAUGGGAGGACAAGGAGUCCAAAAUAUUUCGGAUAGUGGAUCCCAAUGGGCUGGCCCGGCUGUGGGGAAACCACAAGAACAGAACAAAUAUGACCUAUGAGAAAAUGUCCAGAGCCCUACGCCACUACUACAAACUAAAUAUUAUCCGGAAGGAGCCAGGACAAAGGCUUUUGUUCAGGUUCAUGAAGACCCCAGAUGAGAUUAUGAGUGGCCGAACAGACCGCCUUGAGCACCUUGAGUCCCAGGAACUGGAUGAACAAAUGUACCAAGAAGAUGAGUGUUGAAGAGACAAGUGCACUGCCUCACCGGGUUUGUGGGACAAACAUCUGCCUCAACAGCUAGGGUAGUUUGUGAGGGGAAGAAACAACACAGGAGCAGAACAUGGGGUCGGCACUUAACUUGAAGAUCAUGCAGGACCCAAGGCACCUUAAUAAAACAAACAAACUGGUAAAAGUGGUGCUGGCAGCAAGGUGGAAGAGAGAGAGCCUGGACUCAUGCACUACUUCAUCAUCCCUAUGGAGUCUCCCCUGAGUUGUCUUUAAUUUUUCUUUCCUUGGCUUGUUUGUUUCAGUUUUUGGGGGGGGUUUCUUGUUGGUUUUUUUCCCCCAAUAAACCCAGCUUAACUUUUCUUAACUCAUAUAGGACAAGUUGUGAGAUUUUGCUUCUUCAGAAGGCUUUCCUAUGGAAAUAGUACACUAUUGUUCUUUUCUCUGCAAGUCUCAUGACCAUAACAUGGCCUAAAAACAUUGGUGGCAGUGUCAUGAAAGAGAUCGCCUGAUGGUUCCAUGUGUUGGGAUCACAUUUGCUCAUGCUGCCACUGGGCAAGGUCUUGAGCUACCAAGAGAAUUUGGAAUACAUAUCUGUUAAAUGAAGGGGAGUCAUCUUUCACUGUCAAUCUGAGACAUUUUACCAGCAUACUAUGGGCUGGUAUCUUGAGUCCUGCAAGUAGCUUUUCACUGCUAGCCUAGCCCAUGGACCAAAUCCAAUCACCUAAGUGCUCCAGGAAAGAAGAAGAAAUAAGACCAAGGCCUGACAAAAUGCAAUAGACUGAUGCUGGCUUUUGCUCUCCUUCCCUCUUGCAAAACAGCAGAAUUGAAAUGACACAAAUAAUGUGGAAUCUUUAUUCAGUCUUCUUUCAAAAAGCCAGAUUUGAAGUACUCAUUAUGACAAAAGGGAGGUUUGUUUUACACACCAGCUAGCAGUUUGGGGGUUUAUGGCAAAGGGUUGUUCUUUCCAUCUUAGUAGGAGAGAGAAGGGACCCACAUAGUUGUUUGUAAUACUCAGAAACCUCCCCAGAAUUGUCCUGCGCGGCUGGAGAGAAAAGUGAAAACAAUACAGACCGUAUAGCUACACUGGUAUCUUAUAAAUUGGGGGGGGAGGGGUUUGUUUUUUUGUUUUUUUUCCAUGCAUCCAAUUUCCUACCCAGCCGCUUCUAAUGACAGCUCUGCCAGGAAGUGAUCACUUUUCAGCUUACCUCUUUUUAACACAGUUUUCUUCUUAUAAACAAUCUUGCUGCAUUCUUGCCUUUUCAUUUUAAAUAUUCAUUUUUUUAGCUCCAGUUUGACUUCCAGCAUUUAGGGCAGGGGUUUACAACGUUUUUGGCCAGAGUGCCAAAAACACCUCAACCCAUGCCUUGACUUGGUGUGCCAGAGGCAGAAGGAGGGGAGCUGCCAAGGGCCUGAUCCUUGUUGCUGGUGGUGGGUGCACACGUGCCUCCAGGCGCACAUCAGUGAAGGGACCAGGGUGCGCUGCCCCAGCCCCUUCCCUACUGUGCACCUUGAGGCAUGCAUACACCCACCAAUGCCAGGGAGCUGGUGCUGGGGCUUCGGACCCAAGUGCAACUGUUUGCAGCCUGCCUGCCACUUGCUGCUGCCCAGAGUCCAGGCCAGCUGUGGCCAGUAGCCAGGAGACUGUAGACAGCUGUGCCGGGCUCUGGAGCCGCAACAGGGCUCCAUGGUGGUGGUUGCAUGUGUACUUCAAGACGCACAGCUGGGAAGGGGCCUGGGGCAGCGCAACCCUGGCUCUUCUGCCCCAAAGCACUUGUGUAGCUGCUGCUGCCACAGAGGCUAACUGGGGCUCUGGAGCCUGGCUGGAUCCUGGUAUAGCUGUUUGCAGCCUGCCAGCUGUUUGCCACAGCUGGCCCGGGAUCUGGGCAGCAGCACCAGGCAGCUGGGAAGCUGUAAACGGCUGCAUCGGAGUCUGAUGGUGGCUGCAUGGGCAUCUCGGGGUGCAUGGCAGGCAAAAGGCUGAAGUUGCAUUUCCCCUGGCCCAUUUCUGACUGUGCACCUCAAAGUGAACGUGCAACCACUGCCACUACAGAGCUUUACCGGAGCUGUGGAGCCUGGUGCAUCUGCAGACUCCAGCAUGCCUGCUACAUCCGGUCCAGGCUUUGGGCAGCUGCUGCCUGCCAUGGAGUCCAGGCUGCUCGCAGCAGUGCUUGUAGUCUCCCCACCACCGGCUGCAAGCAGCCU